AUGUUCCCUGGAGCCAGAUUGCUUCCUUGGCCUCACACAGUUACCAGAACUGAGCUGGGACAGUGAGCAGCUGACCUGGGCUGAGGGAACCUCCAAGUCUCCUGAAAUAGCUCCAAAGUGGAGCCAAGCUGGCCCUCCUAACACAACAGGCCAGCUCUGUGUGGUCAUGCUGGAUGGCUGGUUGCAAGUCCACCUGUUUUUCAGGUACAUGGGCUGAACCUUAGUCUUUGAGUCAACAGACAAUUAUUUGGCAACAACCUCCUGACAAACACUGUUUUAGGCACUGGGGGUAUAACAGGAAACAAAAAACAAACAUUCCUGCCCUCAUGGAGUCUGCAUUCUAGUAGAGAGAAUUGGACAAUGAGUAAAAUAAGUUAUAUAAUUUGUUAGAAGAUAUGGAGAAAAAUAAAACAAGGAAGGAGAGAGAAUAGGGAAUGUGGGGUGGAGGGAUCAGAAUUAGGGUGGCCUCAUUGAAAAGGUGAUAUUGAACAAAAACUGGAAGGAAGCAAAGAGAGAUCAUGUAGGUAUCCAGAGGAAGAGCUUCUAGGCAAAAAGGGCAGCAGGUGCAAAGGCUGUGAGGUGGGAGAAUGCCUGGUGUGUGCAAGAAACAACCAGAGGCCGUUAGGCUUACAGUGGAGUAAGAAAGGGAGAGUGCGGUGGGGCAUGAGGUCAGAGGGGUGACAACAUCAUGGAGAACCUGCAGGCCCCAGGAUGAGCUCAGACUUUAAACCCGAAGAUUGCUGGAGAGUUUUAGGCAAGGGAGUGAAAAGAUCUGACUUCCAUUUAAUAGAAUCAAUUUGACUAUCGUGUUGAGUAGGCCUUGAGGAGCCAAGGGUGAAGCAGGAGAGUUAAGAGUGGUUCUAUUAAAAGGUAAUUCUCAUCUGUUUCAAAGUAAAGGUCAAAGAUCUUGGAAGAAACCUGUGGCUUGGACCAUAGUACAGGUAGUAGAGGUGGUGAAAAGUGGUUGCAUUCUGGAUGGACACUGAAAAUAGAGCUCAUAGAAUUUGCUAAUCCAUAGCUGGGGGUGGCUUCCCAGGUGGUGCUAGUGGUAAAGAACCUGCCUGCCAAGGCAGGAGACAUAAGAGAUAUGGGUUCCAUCCCUGGGUCAGGAAGAUCCCCCAGAAAAGGAAAUGGCAACCCACUCCAGUAUUCUUGCCUGGAGAAUCCCAUAGACAGAGGAGCCUGGCAGGCUGCAGUCCAUGGGGUCUCGAAGAGGUGGACAUGACUGAAGUGACUUAACCCUUAGCUGGGGUACUCAGGUGGUCUGUCCAGGAGCAUGUUAAUGAACUGCGAAGGAACAGUGAUGAGGGGUGUUCCCUUUCCACUCUAGUAAAGAAAGAAGAGACAGGGUUGGUUCUUAUUGGUACAACCACCUCACCUUUCUUCCUUUAUCCUUCCCAUUAAUUGAGGGCCUGUUAUGUGCCAGGCACUACAGUGGGAUACAAUAGUGAGUGUGAGCUAAUGGGCUCACCACCAUUAUGGAGCAAAGAGUUUACAAAGGGAGUUAGACAUUAAAUGAAUAAUCACACAAACAAAUGAAAAUGACUGCUCUGAUCUGUGCUGUGUGUUGACAUUAGUAUAUACCUGCCCUGGUCAGGAAGUGCUGAGGAAGGGACGCUUUGAGCUGGAUCUGAAUAAAUGGAUAUCGUUCAGGCGACAGUGGGUGGAGGGAGAGCAAGAGUGUUACAGGCGAUGGGAACUGCAUGUGCAGAGGUUCUGAAGGGAGGGGUGUAUGAUAGGGAUGAGGAACUGAGAGAAGACCGAUCUGAGUAAAAUGCAGACAGCUUGGGGAACAUGGGCAAGAAGAAAUGGAUCAGACCGUGCUGAGCUUGAAGGUCACGUUCAGAUUUUGAAUUUUAUCCUGAAAUAAAUGGGAAGCACUAGAGGCCUUUGAGGAGGGGAAUGACAUGGUUGUCUGUGCUCACUGAGAAGCUUACUGCAGUGCUACGUGGAGAAUGGAUUUCCAAGGUGGAGUAAGAACAGAGUGGAAGACCAACAAUGAGAUGAACACAGUGGCUCAGGAGAAUUGCCAAGGAUGCAGAAGGAACUGAAGAUGGUCAAAGACGAAGAUGUGCAUUUCAGUUUGGGUGUGAAGAGGGCCCCCUCCUUUCCCCACGGCCUGCAGCCUGUGGUUUCCCGAGGGAAGGCUCCCCCAGGACACCCCUUCCCGGAAGCUCUCCGGGGGCCGUUUUCCCAGUUCCGGUACGAGCCUCCUCCAGGAGAGCUAGACGGAUUCCCAGGGGUGUUUGAAGGAGGAGGGUCUCGGAAACGCAAGAGCAUGCCCACCAAGGUGCCCUAUAACCACCCCGCGGAAGAAGGGGCUCUCGGCCUGCACCCCGAGGAGAGCAAGAACCCGGGGGCCCCGGACCUCCCCCUGCUCUUCCCGCCGCCGCCGCCGCCGCGGCCCAAGUACGACUCGCGGAUGAUCGACCUGUGUAACGUAGGCUUCCAGUUCUACCGCAGCCUGGAGCACCUGGGCGGCAAGGCCGUCAAGCAGGAGCCCGUGAAGCCCAGCGCCGUGUGGCCUGCGCCCGCGGCCCCUCCGUUCCUGCCUGCGCCCUACCCCUACUACCCCAAGGUGGCCCCGGGCCUCGUGUUCCCCUUCUUCGUGCCCUCGGCCUCACCCUUCCCCUUCAGCCGGCACACCUUCCUGCCCAAGCGGCCGCCGGAGCCGCCGCUGCCCCGCAAAGCCGAGCCGCCCGAGAGCGAGGAGACCAAGCAGAAGGUGGAGCGGGUGGACGUGAACGUGCAGAUCGACGACAGCUACUACGUGGACGUGGGCGGCGCGCAGAAGCGCUGGCAGUGCCCCAACUGCGAGAAGUCCUACACCUCCAAGUAUAACCUGGUGACCCACAUCCUGGGCCACAGCGGCAUCAAGCCGCACGCCUGCAGCCGCUGCGGGAAGCUCUUCAAGCAGCUGAGCCACCUGCACACCCACAUGCUGACGCACCAGGGCACCCGGCCCCACAAGUGCCAGGUGUGCCACAAGGCCUUCACGCAGACCAGCCACCUGAAGCGCCACAUGAUGCAGCACAGCGAGGUGAAGCCGCACAACUGCCGCGUCUGCGGCCGGGGCUUCGCCUACCCCAGCGAGCUCAAGGCCCACGAGGCCAAGCACGCCAGCGGGCGGGAAAACAUCUGUGUGGAGUGCGGCCUCGACUUCCCUACCCUGGCCCAGCUGAAGAGGCACCUCACCACGCACCGGGGCCCCAUCCAGUACAACUGCUCCGAAUGCGACAAGACCUUCCAGUACCCCAGCCAGCUGCAGAACCACAUGAUGAAGCACAAGGACAUCCGGCCCUACAUCUGCUCCGAGUGUGGCAUGGAGUUCGUGCAGCCCCACCACCUCAAGCAGCACUCCCUCACCCACAAGGGCGUGAAGGAGCACAAGUGUGGGAUCUGCGGGCGGGAGUUCACGCUGUUGGCCAACAUGAAGAGGCACGUGCUGAUCCACACCAACAUCCGUGCCUACCAGUGCCACCUCUGCUACAAGAGCUUUGUGCAGAAACAGACCCUCAAGGCACACAUGAUUGUCCACUCGGACGUGAAGCCCUUCAAAUGCAAGCUUUGUGGGAAGGAAUUCAACCGGAUGCACAACCUCAUGGGCCACAUGCACCUGCACUCUGACAGCAAGCCCUUCAAGUGCCUCUACUGCCCCAGCAAGUUCACCCUGAAGGGGAACCUGACACGCCACAUGAAAGUGAAGCACGGGGUCAUGGAGCGGGGCCUCCAUUCUCAAGGUUUUGGAAGGGGGAGAAUUGCGCUGGCGCCGACGGCGGGGGCCCUGCGGAGCCUGGAGCAGGAGGAGCCCUUCGACCUGUCCCAGAAGCGCCGGGCCAAGGGGCCAGCCUUCCAGUCGGACGGGGAGAGCGCCCGGGGCAGCUCCUGCCACGAGGAGGAGGACGAGGACAACUGCUACGAGGUGGAGCCGGACAGCCCGGGCCUCGGGCCCCGCGGCCCGCCGCUUUGCGCGCCGCAGGACCUGUCUGCCAAGCCGGAGCCGGGCCCCGGGGAGGAGGCGCCCGCCGAGGAGGCCUCGCCUCCGGGGGCCCGGCCGCUGAAGAGCCGAGAUAGCCUGGGGCCCGAGGGCGGCCCCGAGCGAGAGUUCGCCCGCAGAGACGAGCGGCCUGGCCUCCGGGUCCUGCCGAGCACCCGGAGGGGCCCAGCCUUUUCUGAUUACUUGUACUUCAAGCACAGAGAUGAGAGUUUAAAAGAAUUACUGGAGAGGAAAAUGGAAAAACAAGCAGUGCUUUUGGGGAUCUAAGUGGACGGUUUAAGAAUUACACUUGGAAAAUGAGAGCUAGGCAGUGCAGAUACAGCUUUCCGCAUGAGCUCUCAUUUGCUGGAGAGGAGAAGGGCACAAAUCUUGACAAAGGGCGCAGACUAAAUGAGUAGAGAAGGAAAUGCUUCUCAGAUCUUGCAUUUGGGCCCUUGAUUUUUAACACACAUGGAGGGCCUUCUUCAAUGUUGUUUCAUGGAUCUCCAAUACAGUUAACUGUACAUUCUCUUCUAGACAUCUAAUUGUAAGCUGAUGCUGAGGUGCUUUUAGAAAUUCUAUUUUCCAUUGACUAACAUGGUAAAUUUCUUUCUAGUUGCAAAAAUAUGGUGCUUGACAUAUUACUUUAUUAAUGACUCUUUAGUUGAAUUUGUGAAAGUUAUAUUUUUCCAGAUAGAUGAAAAUUGUAGUAGUGGUAUAUAUUUUUAAAAUCUCUUUAUUAAAUAAUCAAAAAAAUA